GAAAGAGUCAACAAACAGUUAGCAACGCUGCUAUAGCGCUUUGCCUGAAAUGCUCAACCAGUGAUUGACCCAAUGUGUUUAUUAAAUAUUAUUUUAGACUUAUGGUUUUGGUAGAUAUUCAUUUUCGAUAAACUGAACGCUGUGUGUUUAAUUCUGGUAGUUUAAUUCAGUGUUUUAGCGUCUCGGUGAGGAAGGGACGCUGUGCGCAUGAGUGAUGUCCUCCACAGACAGUGAGAAAAUGCUCCUGCUACAGGAGGAAGUCAGGACUCUGAGUCAGGAGCUCGCUCAGUGUCAGGCGGAUAAGGAGUUUGUAUGGUCGCUAUGGAAACGGCUCCAGGUGGCGAACCCGGACUUGACUCAGGCUGUGAGUUUAGUUGUGGAGCGUGAGAAACAUAAAGCAGAAGCCAAAGAUCGGAAAGUUCUGGAGAUCCUGCAGGUGAAAGACUACAAGAUCCAGGAGUUAGAAAAGGAAGUGAGAUCACAGCAACAGGAAAGGAGCAGACUCCUGCAGCAGCAGAAUGUUGGGGAAGAGAACCGCCAUGUGAUGAAGGAGCUGGUGGAACUCCAGCACACUCUGAGUGAUACUACACGACGCUUACAGGAGUGUGAUGAUGUGUGGAGGAGGAGGCUGGAGGAGCAGCAGGAGCAGAGCAGGAAACUGGAGGAGACACACAACACCAGGCUCAAGGAGUGUGAAGAUGGGUGGAGGAGGAGAUUGGAGGAGCAGCAGGAGCAGAGCAGGAAGCUGGAGGAGGAGAAGAACGCACGGCUCAGGGAGUGUGAAGAUCAGUGGAGGAGGAGGUUGGAGGAGCAGCAGGAGCAGAGCAGGAAGCAGGAGGAGGAGAAGAACACACGACUUAGGCAGCUGCAGGAGGAGUUGGUGAAGGUUCAGGCCGUCAACUCGUCUCUCUCUGUUCAGCUCCGUUCAGUUCAGCAGAACCUCAGUGAUAGAGAGCCACAGCUCCAACAGCUCAGGAGUGAGCUGCAGAAUCUUCAGUCUUUGUAUGUGCAGAGUGUGGCUCAUGCAGGAGAGCAGGCAGAACUCAUCCAGCAGCUGGAAGGUCUCAACAUGGACACACAGCAGAUCCUGCAGAGCCAAGAGAGAGUACACACCACACACACUGCCUCAUACCACAAGCUGUACAGUGAGCUGAGUGUAUCCUAUCAGGCUCUGCGUCUCAGUGAGGAACAGCUCCGGCAGAGAGACGCCUGUCUCACUGAACAGCUUUCUCAGAAGGAGCAGCAGGUCUCUGAACUUCAGCUCCAAAUUCUGCAACUCCAGCAACUUGUACCACCCUGCCCACUUCCCCCUGAGGAGUGUGUGGAGGCAGCAGAGAGUCAGGAGUGUGUGUCCCAACCUCCGCCUUCUGAGACUCAAAGCUGUGGAACAUGCACACAGCAGUGUUCCAGGUCUGUCUCUCCAAGCAGUAGUAGAGCAGCUGAGCAGAAAAUCCAGCAGUUGGAGGAGUUACUCACACUCAAGACAGCAGAGAACGAGGAGUUAAGGCGAGCUCAUGCGAAGCGUCAUGACCGUCUCCGUCUGAUUCAGACCAACUACAGAACGGUGAAGGAGCAACUGAAGGAGGUGGAGGACAAACAGGACCUGCCAAAAGGCAGGACAAGGCGAGCUGAGGCGUGGGAGCUCCGUCAGGAGAACAGCGAUGCCGUUUGGAACGAGUUAGCCUUCUUUAAACGCGAGAACAAGAAGCUUCUUACUGAGAAAGCUCAGCUGGAGGAGGAGUUGGAUGUGGCUCGUGUUCGAGUGGCCAUGGAGCGAGCUACAGCGCAGGAGCUCCGUCUGCGCCUGCACCAGGAACAGCAAGAGUUCCAGCAGAAUGAUGGUGAUGAAGAUGAGGACAGAGUGAGCAGCACACCACUUCCUCCAGUACACAGACUACAUCGCUCUGUCAGAAAGAUUGAAAUGUUGGAAAGGAAGAUGAUGCAUUUAGAGAAAGAGACGUUGAAACUGCAGGAGGACAAGCAGGUCCUACAGGAUGCUAACGAUCUCCUGCGUAGUAAGCGAGCAGAGGACCAGGCAGCGCUGCAGCAGGCCCAUGUUCGAGAGGAAGCGACCCAGGCUCGGGUAAACGCCGAGCGGAACCGGCUGCUCAGCGACAUCCGGGCUCUACAGGCCCAGCUGGAGAAAUCGCACAGAGCUGAGACAGCAUCUCGGGCAGCUCUACUACGGAUCAGACAGGAAGUGGGAGUGCUGAGGGCCGAGAGGGACUUCCACAGAAACAAGACACAAAGAGGACAUGGACGUGGGACACACGUGGUAACACAGACCUUCUCUGUAAAGCCAAGGACACGCAGCCCUGCCAAGGAUGAGUGGGAGGACAUGAGUCCAGACAGUGACAGUGGGGAUUCCCUGGACAGUCUGGAGAAUCGGCGUGCGGCUCGUCCUCUUCGCUCUACUACUCACGCAAAGGCCUGCGCGGCACUGCCUCGCCGACCCAAGCUCAGAGACAGAUCCACUGUGUCCAGGGCUCACAGCACAGUGUUGCAGCAGGAGGCGGCACUGAGAAAGAGGAGGAGGAGUGUGUGUGUGGUGGUGAAGGGAGCAGGAGUUUGCGAGGAUGCAGCAGUGAGGAGAAUGAGGAGGAGGAGACGUGUGUGUGCCGUGUUCACUCGGAGGCUUGCUUGUCUUCAGCAGCAAGUUGCAGUUCUGCAGGCAGCCAGCAGGUCGGCGCAAGACGAAAGACUCAAAUACCAACACAUGCCCAUCGAACUGCAGACGCUGACACACACGGUGCAGAAGCAGACGUCCGAGUUGGCGUUGCUGCAGCAGCAGAAAGCCGUGUUGGAGGCGGAGUUAGAGCAAUGGAGGAAGCCCCGCCCACUUGAGGCACAACAACAGGUGUCUGCCCCUCCCCCCGCCCCUGACCUUCCUAACAUCAAAACACUGGAGACUGAAAUCAGACAUCUCAACAACAGGCUAAAGAGUUCGAGUGCCGAGGUGACCCGUCAGAGUGCUUUGAUUAAAAGCCUCAGGACCGAGCUGCAUGACCGAGAUCAAUGUGUUAAGGAGCUACAGGACAAGGUGUGUCAGUGUGAGAGGGACGUGGUGAUGAAGCGGCAGCUGGUGGAGGAUCUGCGCAGUCGGCUGAAGAUCCUGCAGGAUUCAGAGCGCAGCCAGCGCUCACACAUUGACGAGCUGGAGAAAAAGGUAAAGAGUCAGUGCGAGGAGGCGUCUAACAGGAAGGCGUUCAUCGAGUCUCUAAAGAGGAGACUGAGCGUCGCUACUCAGGACAAACAGCAGUGUGAGAGUACCAACAGCACACUGCGGGACCAGAUACACACGAAGGAGCAAAAGCUGACAGCACUGCAGGCACGAUUCGUGGAGUGUGAGAGGUCAAAGGUCGAGCUGGAGCAGGCUGCAACAGCACAGAUGAAGCUUCUGACCAAUCAGAGCACAGAGACGAUACACACACUGCAGAACAAACUUACACUGGCACAAACUCAACACCACCACCUGCGCUCAGUCACUCAGGCUCUGGCUGUAGAGGUGGACAGACAGGUGAGGGACACCCGAGCUGAGCUGAGAAAGAGGAGGAGAGAGAGAAAGAAGAAGGAGGAAUCAACAAGAGGAGGAGUGUCCAAGAGCUCUAUGGUGAAAGCUCAGUCCAUCGCUGCAUCUAUCCUUAAUGUCAGCGCUAACGACCUGGCUAGCAUCCUCGACACAGACCAGGAGGAAGAGGGGGGUGAUGAAGCAGAUGGAGUUUGGAUGGAUCGCAUACAGCAACUUCUGCAGCAGAGGUGUCCCUCUGUAGGUGAGUUGGUAGAUGUUCUGGUGGUGAAGAUGAAGGAGAACAGGGCGCUGAUGGAGGAGCUGGUCAAUCUCAGGGAAAGCCACUGAACACAGCAGAGGAAUAUAAACGCACAUCUCUUUAGUUUUACUUUCUUGUCCCUGCCUUCAUUUCACAUGUCACUCUGUUCUUUAUUAACUAUAUCUUUCAUCUAAUCAUGUUUUCUCGUUUUUUCCCUCUUAAUUUCUAAUUCCUCUCAGUACUUCUAGUUUCUCCUCUUUUCCUUUCUUAUGUCUCUUUUUCAUUCCUGACUUGUUCUUCGUAAAGUCCUUCCAUCUUAUCUCCUUCUUCAUAUUUCAUCUCUUUAUCCCUACCUUCAUCUUUCUCUCCUCCUUUUACUUUAAAGUGUAAAUGAAGUCUGUGUGAAGUUCUUCAGUCUGUGGCUGUGUGAUUGGGCUAUGUCUUACCAAUGUCUUUUAUUUGGACAGAAAAUCAUCGUCACACACUUUUAUUGUGUGUGUGUGUGUACUUAAACGUCAUGUCUUUGUACAAAUGUAUUGUGUUUAGAGAAAUAGUACCCAGUUGAAUUAAACUAAUUUAUGGAGUGUGUUUGUA